GCUAUUUCUUCAAAGACCAAAGGCGGUCCCCGUAUAUAUCUGGUAUACAUCAUCAUGUUAUUUAUGUGUCACCAAAUGUCCAUGAAGAAGGAGGCACAGGAGAAGCUCAAAGCCGAGGAGCUCCGUAAGGCGAGAGCCGCUUCUGACAUCCCCAUCAUCUGGAUCUUGGGCGGACCCGGCUGCGGCAAGGGCACUCAGUGCGCCAAGAUUGUGGAGAAAUAUGGAUUCACACAUUUGAGUACCGGCGAUUUGCUGCGCAAUGAGGUCGAGUCUGGAUCGGACAAGGGCCGUGCGCUGCAAGCGGUGAUGGCUAGCGGUGGACUAGUGUCCAACGAUGAGGUGCUGUCGCUGCUCAAUGACGCUAUCGGUCGGGCCAGGGGCGGUGCCAAGGGUUUCCUCAUCGACGGCUACCCCCGGGAGAAGAACCAGGGCAUUGCUUUCGAGACUCGCGUUGCUCCCGCCGACCUGGCGUUGUACUUCGAGUGCUCCGAGGACACAAUGGUGAAGCGCAUUAUGGCGCGUGCCGCCGCCGCUGCCGUGAAGCGGGCCGAUGACAACGAGGCUACCAUUAGGUCACGUCUGAGGACCUUCGCCGAGAACACCCACGCCAUUCUAGAGCAGUACAACGAUAAGACCCUAACGAUCAAUGCCGAGCGGGAUGUGGACGACAUCUUUCUGGAGGUUGUCCAGGCCAUUGACUGUGUGCUAAGGAAUAAGCAGAAGGCCGCCGCCCUAUGCUAGUUGAAGGUGAAAGCAUUGAUUUCCUAAUCAAAGGUACCAAAGAGUUAGAGCAAAGCAACCAAAAUUUUUAAAGCACUUCUUAGUGCGAAUCUCACACAGUCUCAAUAAUGCUGAGCACACAAAUGAAAGCGAAACACCAAAUAAAUUAGUACUUAAUCUAUAAUUUGUUAUCAUA